AGAAAAGAAUCGAGAAAUAUGCUUGCUACAAAAAAAUUUGAUGCAGCACUUGACUUAUAUAAACAAGAGAUAGAUAAUAAUAACUUAGUAAAUAACUUUGAUAUAUUAAUGACAAUAUUAUUAAAAGAAAUUAAGAAAUACAAAACAGCAUUGCAAGCUCAUAAACAACAACCUACUUGA